AUGACGCGCAUGGGUUUCGGGUUGAGUGUCGCCCCGAAAUUUAUGGAUAUUAUCGUCCGCUGGGUGACGCGAGACUUUCCAUCGGUUGAUAAUUACGUUGACGAUGUGAAAACGCCUGCCAGCGAGGUCGACGCCGUAGCUGCAAGGAUGCUCGAGUAUGGCCUCCCAACAAAGCAGGCCGAGCCGUUUGCCUCAUCCAGAGUCCUCGGCCUGCAGCUGCAGAAGGAUGAGGACCAUCAGGUCCAGUGGUCGCGCCGUGGCGACAUAAACCUGAAGUUACCUCGACCGGCAACGAAACGUGACAUCUUCAGCUGGUUUGCUGGUGAUGGCGACCCGGCACGAGGCAUGUGGUGCGCGGGCCGCGACGAGUCGGCCGGAUGCACGGUGUGGGCCGACGCCUCCGAUGUCGGCAUCGGCGUUGCGUUCGAGAUGGAUGGUGCGAUCCUCGAGGAUUGCUCCUGGCUGCGCCCGUUCGGCGACAAGCGCCACAUCAACAUCGUCGAGCUGGAGGCUGCCAUUCGAGGACUUUCACUCGCAGUCCACUGGCAGGCCAAGCACGUCCGCCUCAUGACGGACUCGAAGACCGCUGAGUUCUGGCUCCGUGAAGUCAUCGGCAACGUCCGCCGCACGAAGACCAAGGGCCUGCACGAGGUCCUUGUCCAGCGUCGUCUGCAGAUCGUGGCAGACCUCAUUGUCACAGCAGGUCUGUCUGUCUCCGUCGAGUGGGUGCCGACGGUCAAGAAUCGGGCCGACGCUCUCACCCGCGUGCCUGUCGAAUGGGUCAAGCGCUGCAAGCUGCUGAAAGGUGACGGCGCCGGUGGUGAUGACGAAUGUGGUGACGGCGACGUGAACAUCGCAGCUGCUGCAGCUAGCGUCUCCGGCCCCGCCCCGACGGAGCGCAUCGUCGAAGCACAGCGCACUGACGACGAGAUCCAGACGCUGACCUCGCAGCUCCAGCAGGAUAUUCCCGUCCUGGAUCGGUUCUCGGCCGUUCGCGCACAGUUGGUGAUUGUCGACGGCGUGCUGGUCAGGAAUGUGAAGCUGCCGCUCGAGGGCACUGUCCAAGUGCCGGUGGUGCCACAGCCGCUAGUCGCUGAUGUCGUCCGCUGCGCCCACGAGGUCUCCGGCCAUGGAUGCUGGGAGACCAUGUACAGGAUGAUCCGCAGCCGCUGCUACUUCCCCGGCAUCGCUGCUGCCUGCUGCGAGUUCAUAGCACAGUGUACGAGAUGCAAGGCUGCUAACCCACGGAAGGGCCCGCCAGUGUCGCCGACUCGCGCCGACAUUCCUGGCCGUCCCUGGAGCGAGGUCAUCAUCGACACCCUGGAGCUCGGCACUGACCGCAGUGGCCGGUAUUCGUGCGUACUAGUUUGUGUCGGCCCGUUCACGAAGUGGGUGGAAGUAUGCCCACUCCGUCGCCACGAUGCUGCCAAUGUAGCCGCUGCCUUCACCAAUCUGUGCAUGCGGUGGGGGUGCCCCUGA